CCUUGACUGUGUCUGUCUGGGGAAGUAAGGACAGCAGCACGCUCAGAUUUAGCUGCAUAGAACUGUGUCCCCCAGGUCACUGGGAGACCAGGGAUAUGUGGCUGAAGUCGAUGGUCCUGUAACGGGCCCUUUUUGAGAAGAGUCUCCAAGAGAGCAUCACAACGGAAGGAAGGAAGGAAUUGUGAGUUCCCGACUGCUGCUGCAUGAGGACUUCUGGGCAGAUGUCUGGCAAGAGCUAGGUCCACCGGCCCGUACACAUCCUGCUGACAAACCUGUCACUGAAGCUUCUCUGAGACAGCAUGAAACCCAACAACACCACAACUGCGUUGUGGUUGAAAGUCACCUACAUCUCCAUGGAGGUUGUCAUCGGGCUCUGCGCUGUGGUGGGCAACAUGCUGGUCAUCUGGGUGGUCAAGCUGAACCCCAGUCUGAGGACCACCACCUUCUACUUCAUAGUCUCGCUAGCACUGGCUGACAUCGCUGUUGGGGUGUUGGUCAUGCCUUUGGCUAUUGCUGUCAGCCUGGAAGUCGAGAUGCACUUCUAUGCCUGCCUUUUCAUGUCCUGUGUGCUUCUGAUCUUCACUCACGCCUCCAUCAUGUCCUUGCUGGCCAUUGCCGUAGACCGAUACCUGCGGGUCAAGCUGACCGUCAGAUAUAGGACGGUCACCACUCAAAGAAGAAUAUGGCUAUCCUUGGGCCUUUGCUGGCUAGCAUCCUUCCUGGUGGGACUGACCCCCAUGUUUGGCUGGAAUAGAAAAAUGACCUCAGGGCUCCUCCAAAAUAGUACCACCCUUGUGUGCCAUUUCCGUUCCGUGGUGUGUCUGGAUUACAUGGUCUUCUUCAGUUUCAUCACCUGGAUCCUCAUCCCCCUCAUUGCCAUGUGCAUCAUCUAUCUGGACAUCUUCUACAUCCUCCGUAACAAGCUCAGUCAGAACUUGUCUGGCUUCAGAGAGACGCGUGCGUUUUAUGGACGGGAAUUCAAGACAGCCAAGUCCCUGUUUCUGGUUCUCUUCUUGUUUGCUUUGUGCUGGUUGCCUUUGUCCAUCAUCAACCUUGUUUCCUACUUUAACGUUCAUAUACCAGAGGUUGCAAUGUGCCUGGGGAUCCUCUUGUCCCAUGCGAACUCUAUGAUGAACCCUAUUGUCUAUGCCUGCAAAAUAAAAAAGUUCAAGGAAACCUACUUUCUGAUCCUCAAAGCUUGUAGGGUCUGUCAGACCUCAGUUUCCUUAGACUCGAGUACUGAACAGACCACUGACUAGUUACCAUGACACACAAAGAGCAAUCUCACGGUUAGCCUUAUCAGACAUUCUUGUUUCCUUCUACGGCAGUGGGGUCAUCUGGCCGGUGGCCACACAGUUUCACUCCUCCAUGUUUCUGCUUCAGUUAUUUUCUUGUUCUUCUCUAACAAUUCUGUGGAUGCCUGACAUGAAGACCAUGCAUUACCGAGUAUCACGGACUGUGUUCUUCCUUCCCAGACACAAGAAGGAAUGGAAUCUUGAGGGAGUCUCGUCUUACCAAGGAAAGAUUCUAGCUGGGCUGGAUGGACAGAACCUGCUCUGAAAGAUUCCAAAGACUUUGAGAACAGAAGGAGUGAGCUGAGUUUAAAGAGGGCUUAAACUGCUAAAUUCACCUGUGUGGGUGUUUUUAAGUAAAUAAAAGA